GUUCGUUUCCGUUUCUAGAAAAGUAGGAAGUUUUCUGUUUAAUUCAGUUUUCAUCGCACAGGCAGCGACGCACGGCCACAAAAUGGACACAGAGAGGCCCACCAAGCUGGAGUUUGCAGUGCAGAUGACAUGCGAGAGCUGUGCAGAGAAAGUCAGUGCUGCUCUGGAAGGGAAACCAGGAGUGAAGAUUGUCAGCAUUGAUCUCAGUAGGGAAGAGGUGUUGGUGGAAUCGGCUCUGACCAGUGCCGAGGUGCAGGCUCUGAUAGAAAGCACCGGACGCAGGGCGGUGCUGAAGGGCAUCGGAGGAUCAGUGCAAGAUCUGGGUGCAGCGGUGGCCAUGCUGGAUGGUGUCGGAAAGAUCCAAGGGGUGGUGCGUUUCCUGCAGUUAUCGGAGGAGCGCUGCUUGAUAGAUGGGGCCGUUGAUGGGUUGGAGCCUGGACUCCACGGCCUCCACAUUCACACCCUGGGGGACCUCACGCAGGACUGCAGCAGUUGUGGAGAGCACUAUAACCCGUUUGGAAGACAGCACGGUGGACCAGGGGACUCUGAAAGGCAUGUAGGUGAUCUGGGAAAUAUUGUUGCCGGACCAGAUGGCAGAGCCUCAUUUAGACUAGAAGACAGUCAGCUAAAGGUAUGGGAUGUGAUUGGCCGAUCGCUGGUGGUGGAUGCAGGGGAGGACGACCUGGGCCGAGGCAGUCACCCUCUCUCCAAACAGACUGGGAACUCUGGGGAAAGGCUGGCAUGUGGGAUCAUCGCCCGAUCUGCGGGCCUUUUCCAAAAUCCCAAACAGAUAUGUGCGUGUGACGGGGUGACGCUGUGGGAGGAGAGAGACAGGCCGAUAGCUGGGAAAGGCCGAAACAAGACCAACGCAGAGACACCGGCAGCGCACCUGUGAACCUCGGACACAAACACUGAGCCAUCUCCAAGAGAAAUGCAGAGGAUGUUUGUCGACAGAGGGUCGGUGAGGCGACGAGCACUGAGGAAUGUGUUCACAGACAGCUGGAGGGAGAACCAAAGAAAAAUGGCCUUAUUUUCUUGAAAUUUUUCUGUGAUAAAAUCAAACGCUCCUGCAGUCGCAGUUAGUGUCCUCUGAGGGUUUUAAAUGCACUAAAGCAGAUUAAAACAGGCCGGGACUUUGUAAAAGUCCCCUCUGAUUAGCUAGAUGUCCAUUAAUGCUGUUAUAUGUUUGUAUAACCAGUCGCCUCUGACACAAUCGUCUCAUCACCAUCUAAAUUGAUGUACAUGUGAGAUCUGAGGUAUCCAUUUUGGCUGUGUGCUGGUAGGGAUAAAUCCCCUUCAAUUUGCUAUAAAAAAAAGUGUCUAAGCCUCCUAAAAACAGUGGUAGUAAAAAAAAAAAAACCUAUAACACUGCUCUCACAUCAGCUCACUCUCCCACCCAGGAAUAAACAUACACCCGUGGAUAUGUGGAAACAUUGUGGAGUAGUUUAGCUGAUUUGAAAAAAAAAGGUUGUGACUUGGUAUAAAAUCUAUCCACGUUUCAGUUUAGGAGAGAAUAUAACAAAUAGAAUAAAAUGUGUGAUGCUGAAAUCUGUCAUCUUACACCCUGGGUCAGUUGUAACUAUAAGUGUUGUGAGAUUGAAAAGACAUACAGGCUAGCUAGUUCACAAAGAGAAAAGUUGAAAGAAAUAGUUAUAACAGAUAAAUGAUUGAAACAUCUGCGACUGUCAGAAGUAUGAAUACAAGCUUGACCAAACUCAGAUGUGGACUCACCACAGCGCGUUAUCUUGAAUAAUAAAAGGGGAACAAUGAGAGAGCACUUAAUAAAAACGUGGGAUCCAUUAAGCUAAAAGUCAAAAGCACA